UGUCCUUGAGUCCUUGAAUUCUCGUGGACCGUGGUGCUGCUGAUUUGGUUUAAGAGGUUCCGCUAUGUUAAACUAGUAAUGGUGAAAUUUCUACACUUUUUAAAAACAAAUGCUUAUUUUAUAAACAAACAUACCUCUUCCCUGGCUUCUACCCUUUCUUUAGUUCAGUCCAAAAGUUUUAACACCUCCAGAAACAUGUUCAGAUCAGCCGUUUUUAAUCUUCAUGAAGGAAGUAAAGAUCAAGUGCAGGAAUUUUUAAAUUCUUUUGACACAGUUUUAACUGAUUGUGACGGUGUUCUGUGGAUCGAUAAUAAUGCAAUACCAGGGUCAGCUGAUGCAAUGAAUUAUUUUCGAAAAAUCGGAAAAAAAAUAUUUUACGUAACUAAUAACUCGACAAAGAUCCGGAGUGAUUUUGCAGCAAAAGCACAACAGUUGGGAUUUAUUGCUAGUCAGGAUGAAAUACUCUCCACGGCAUACCUAGCAGCACACUACCUCAAAGGUAUAGGAUUUACUAAGAAAGUGUACUUGGUUGGCUCUAAUGGUAUAGGAGAAGAGUUGAAAGCAGUUGGAAUAAGGCAUACAGGAAUUGGACCCGAUCUUGUAAAACCAGAUUUCAAAUCAAUGAAGCCAUCAGACUUAGACCCUGAAGUGGGGGCCGUGGUAGUUGGGUUUGACGAGCAUAUAAGCUAUCCGAAGUUCAUGAAGGCGGCCUCUUACCUCGCGUCCGAGGAUUGUCUGUUCAUUGCAACUAAUACUGAUGAGAGGUUUCCAAAAGGCGGCUCUAUCGUAGUGCCAGGUACGGGCACCAUCGUACGAGCGGUGGAGACAUGCUCUGAGCGGAAGGCGCUGGUGCUUGGCAAGCCUCACGCCUACGUCCGGAAGUUCCUUGAGUCCUGCGGGCUGGAUCCGGCGCGGACGCUUAUGAUUGGCGACAGGUGCAACACAGACAUCGAGCUGGGAGUGCGUUGCGGCUUCCAGACCCUCCUAGUGCUCUCCGGGGUCACAUCUCCUAAAGACCUGGAGAAGAUCCGCAAUGAAAAGAAACCGCCGCUACCGGACGUGGUUCUACCUAAGCUGGGCGACUUGAUGUCUCUGCUGCCGUCAUAACAUGAUCAACAAUCUAACAGAUUUUUUAAAUAAAGGAACAACGAAUAAAAUUGGGCGAUACACGAGCUUGCGACUCUGGGAUACCAGUCCUUCGCCUUAACUUACAGGUGCUUACAGUCCGCGACUAAUAUUUCCAUCAUAUCGUUCAUUGU